CACCACAUUAAAAGGCAUAAUCACAUGGCCACAUUACAAUCACAUGCUCAGAGUAGAACCCCUUUUUUGUGCCUAUAUAAAUGUCCCUCACCAAAUUUAGUCUCUCUUCUUACAAAGAAAACAAAAAAACAAAAAGCCAUGGCUGCUCUUCCUUUUUCAAAAAACAAGCCCUUUCGAUCAAUCAGUUUGCCUGUCAGAUCACACCCCACAACUCAGAGAGUUGAACAAGUGCUGAAUAAGUUUAAUGGAUUGGAGACGUCAGUUGCACCAACAGCGGAGACAAUUUGUAACAGUUUGCUCGGGUUGGAGGAGUUACACAAGUGUACGAAUGAUCUUCUUAACUCGACUCAAACUUUUCAGAUACUCUCCCAAAAUCAACAUGUUAAAUGGUUUGAGGAGUUAUUGGGAAAUUCGGUUAGGAUUCUUGAUGUUUGUGGCACUACAAGGGAACUCGUCUCUCAGUACAAGGAAAAUGUAAGAGCUCUUCAAUCCUCACUCAGAAGAAGAAAAGGAGAUUCCAGUGCAGAAGCUGGAAUUGCUAGAUUCACCACUUUCAGCAAGAAAUUAAAAAAGGACGCCAAAAGAUUAUUCUUGUCCUUGAAGCAAGUGGACUGUGAGACUCUCACCGCAGCAUUCCUGGAAGCAGAUCAAGAGACAUUAGCUGUGAUUAGAACACUAAGGGAAGCCAAUGCAGUUUGCAUUUUGAUUUUCCAAAUGCUCUUUUCCUUCUUAUCUGUGCCACUUUUGAAGCCAAAGCAGCCAAAAUGGUCGUUAGUUUCAAAACUGAUACACAACGGAAGAACAGAACAUGAAGGCCUUGAAAACAGUAUGAUGUUGGAAAUAAAAAUGGAUAGUUUUGAGACUCAACUUGACAACUUUGAAAAGGGGUUGGAAGGAGCAUUUAGGAGCCUGAUAAGAUCAAGAAGCUCGCUCCUGAAUGUUUUCUCCAGCUAAUCUGGUAGUUCAUUAACUGUAUAGUAGUUCACCACAUUUUGUACAUGGAUAAUUUUGUACUUAUGCUAGAAAUAUUUAUAACACGAAUUGAAAGACUAUACCCAAUCUUCGUGCAUGUAUUUUUCUCUCUAUCUGGCUCAUCUGACUCCCUU